GAUACAGCUUCUCUUCCGUCGCGUCACAGAGCCACUUCCGGCGGGUAGAAGAAACGACGAGAUGGCGCUUUCCAGCUUCCUUCCGGCUCCCACUCAGCUCUCCCAGGACCAGCUGGAGGCCGAGGAGAAGAUCAGAACCCAGAAGUCCCGGCAGAUGGCUCUGGUGGCAUCCAGAAGGGAACCGCCCCCUUAUGGGCACCGGAAAGGUUGGGUGCCCCGGACCCUGGAGGAUUUUGGCGAUGGGGGGGCGUUCCCGGAGACCCCCGUGGCGCAGUACCCCCUGGACAUGGGCAGGAAGAAGCGGACGUCCAACGCUCUGGCCCUGCAGGUGGACGCGGAGGGGAAGAUUAAAUACGACGCCAUUGCCCGGCAGGGCCAGUCCAAGGAGAAGGUCAUAUACAGCAAGUACACGGACCUGAUACCGAAGGAAGUGGUGGAUCAGGAUGACCCCGAGCUGCAGAGACCCGAUGAGGAGGCGGUCCGAGAGCUGACGGAGAAGACGCGCCAGGCGCUGGACAAAGCCGUGUCCCAGAAGAUCGCCGCCGCCAUGCCGGUCCGAGCAGCAGACAAGCUGGGGCCGGCACAGUACAUCAGGUGAGGUCCCAUGGGGGAG